UUUGCUGGAGAGCCUGAGCUUUAAGAGGACGCAGACGGAGGCUCCGCAGGCAGACUACAACACAAAGUGACAGCAGCUGACCAGAAACUCCUCCAGCCACAACUCCUCUGAGCGAAUCGAUAACUUUGGAUCUCCCACUUAACUGACCCGACGUGGUGGGACCUGAUAUUAGAAUUACAGCCUCUGCUAAGUGACAGUUAAGGCGACUGCCAUGAAAGCCGUGACUGCAGCCGUGUUGUUUGUUGUCAUUGCCAUCUACUCAAUGAACAUAGAAGGGUCUAAAUGCCUUUGCCCCAGAAAAGGAAUGAAGAUACGAUACAAAGAUGUCCAGAAACUGGAAAUCAAAGCGAGACAUCCUUACUGCAAAGAGAAAAUGGUAUUUGUUACUAUGGCAAACUAUUCUCGAUUCAGAGGUCAUGAAUACUGUUUACAUCCUAGACUUCCUGGUACAAAAAACUUAGUCAAAUGGUUCACUGCCUGGAAAGAAAAAUACAGAACCUAUGAAGCUUAAGUAAAAACCUUGCAAAAAGAAAACAACUGUUCACCUGUUUGCUGACUGGACAUUUGUAAUAUGGAAGCGUCUUUUCUUAUUCUGAAAGAUGUUGAAAAAAUAAAGCACUUUUUUGUUAUCAUUUUAUAUUUAACCAGAGGCAUCAUUUUGAUACCACAUACUGCAAGUUAUUCAUUCAGUUCCAUGUCUCAGAUUUAUCUGCCUAGCUAUAUAUAUAUAUAUAUAUAUAUAUAUAUAUAUAUAUAUAUAUAUAUAUUUUUUUAUAGAUAGAUAAUAUGUAUUUCUUUUGCAGCAUAUGCAAUAUGAAAACAUUAUCAUAUUCAGUCAAUCCUUGCUGUAACCUUACAUAUGCCUUUCUACUUAGGAUUAUGGCUGAGCUUCAUAAGCUCAUCCAACAAACAGCCCAGUUAUUAUUAUUUUUUGUGUUACAGUUGAAAUAGAUGUUAAAAUAUGUGUAUAUAAUCACCUCAUCUAUUCUGUGAUACAAAAUUACACAUUUUUUCAGAAGAUGCAAAAUAAUGUCAGUUAUCUAACUAAAAAGCACUUUUGUUAUUAAUACACUAUAGGUGAUAUCAGCCAUGUCAGUAAUUGCACAUUUUGCUAAAUGAAGCAGAUGAAAUGAACAUUGAACAUAACCUUGAAGUAUAAAAUGCAAUACAUAUGUGUAUAGAUUGGUAGAAAUAUUCUAACAGGAAUCUGAUAUAAUGAAGCAGUUGGUAUGAUCAGUUUUCUGACAAAACUGAAAUAUGAUGGGUAUGGAAAACAAAUAAAUGAAAUGAAAGUAAGGAUUUGACUCCCAAAGAAAUACUUUGGAGGGUAUUCAAAGAAAAUUAAGCACUAAUUACUGUGAGCUUCUGUUUUUAUUUUUAUUUUUACUUAGUUUCACGAAAUGUGCUAGGUCUGCAUUCCAAGUACAUGUUUUUGAACAGUGGAAACAUGCAUUUCAGAUGCACGUCUACCUCCUUUAGCCAUAUUCUGUGAAACUAAGUGAAAAAAAUGGCUUAUGGUAUUUAGUACUUCUACAGAAAUUCUAAGCAUUUCUGAAUACCCCCCUUUGAUUAAGAAAGCAAUAUAUUUGGAAUAUAAUGUACCAGCUAUUGGUUUAAAGCACCAUCUCUUUUUAUAUAAAGAAGACUUCCUCCUUGCUUGUAAAUAUAAACACUACAAAUAUUAUUGUCAUUAUUAUUCUAUUUUAUUGUAAUGUAUUCUUCUGAAAUAUUUCCAUUUCUUGUUUGUAUGUCUGAACAAAAUAAAGAGUUGCAUGUGAAUUUUGAAGCUAAAAAAACAGAAUGGAUAUCUGUGUGUGUAAAUGAAAACUGAAUAAAUGGUUGCUGCAAGUUAGAGUCACUGAAAAAUAUUUAAAUAAAUGUAUUCCAACUUUC